AGAAUUAUCAAACACUAUAUAUAUAAACUGCUCUGCGGUCAGCACACCCAAGCUUCACUGCGGAUCCCCAAUUUCUUCAUUCUUUUGAAUUUUUUUUGUUUAGGUACUCUCUAGCUAUACUGAAUUCUUCAAAGUCGGAUCCAGCUGCUCCUCUCCGGACUGCCGACGCCGUCAGUCGCCGCCGUUUUGGUGAGGAGGUGAGGAAAUGGAAGGAGAUUUGUACAAGGCGAGUAGUAGUUUGCGAGCGAGCAGUAGGAGAGCUGACCAGAGCUUCCGAGCCAAUAGCUCGGGGAUAUGGCGGAACACCGGAAUGGAAGUUUUCUCGAGAUCUUCUCGCGAGGAAGACGACGAGGAGGCUUUAAAAUGGGCGGCGCUCGAGAAACUUCCGACCUUCGAUCGCCUCCGGAAAGGACUGCUGUUCGGAUCUAAAGGCGCUAAUGAAAUCGACGUCGGCGAUCUCGGAUUCGACGAUAAACGGAGCCUCGUCGAGCGGUUGGUCAAUAAUGUUGAGGAAGAUAACGAGAAGUUUCUGUUAAAGCUACGAAACAGAAUCGACAGAGUUGGAAUUGAUAUUCCAACCAUCGAAGUCAGAUACGAGCAUCUGAAUAUCGAUGCACAAGCUUACAGUGCAAGCAGAUCUUUACCUACUUUCAUCAAUUUCAUCAUGAACAUGACUGAGGGAGUAUUAAAUCUUCUCCAUAUAAUUCCGAGUAGAAAAAAGCCAUUCACGAUCCUAAAGGAUGUGAGUGGAAUAAUCAAGCCUUGUAGAAUGACUUUGCUCCUCGGUCCUCCGAGCUCAGGAAAAACUACUCUUCUUUUAGCUCUCGCCGGAAAACUUGAUCCUACACUCAAAGUUUCUGGAAGGGUAACUUACAACGGACACGAAAUGCAUGAAUUCAUACCGCAGAGAACCGCAGCGUACAUCAGCCAGCAGGAUUUGCAUAUCGGAGAAAUGACUGUGAGAGAGACUCUGGCGUUUUCCGCUCGCUGCCAAGGCGUUGGCUCUCGAUACGAGAUGCUGGCAGAAUUGUCAAGGAGAGAGAAGGCAGCAAAUAUCAAGCCAGAUCCUGACGUUGAUAUCUACAUGAAGGCAGCUGCAACUGAAGGAGAUGAAGCAAAUGUGGUCACAGAUUACAUUCUCAAGGUCCUGGGGCUCGACAUCUGCGCCGACACCUUGGUGGGCGAUGAAAUGGUCAGAGGUAUCUCGGGAGGGCAGAAAAAGCGUGUCACAACUGGCGAGAUGCUGGUUGGGCCGGCAAAGGCACUCUUCAUGGACGAGAUAUCAACUGGUUUGGACAGUUCUACAACGUACCAGAUUGUCAACAUGCUCCGACAAUACGUCCACAUAAUGAAAGGAACUGCAUUUAUCUCCCUUCUGCAGCCCGCACCCGAAACUUACGACCUAUUUGAUGACAUUGUGUUGUUGUCCGACGGUGUGAUUGUCUACCAAGGACCUCGACAAAACGUGCUUGAUUUCUUCGAAACGAUGGGCUUCAAAUGCCCUGCAAGAAAAGGUGUUGCUGAUUUCUUGCAAGAAGUGACAUCGAAGAAAGACCAGAAGCAAUACUGGAUGCAUAAGGACGAGCCGUACCGGUUCAUCACCUCAAGCGAAUUCGCAGAAGCUUUCCAGUCUUUUGUCAUUGGGCGGAGGGUCGGCGAUGAGCUGGCGACGCCAUUUGACAAGAGCACGAGCCAUCCGGCUGCGCUUACGACCGAAAAGUUCGGUCUAGGAAUAAAGGAGAUAUUCAAAGCCUGCAGCGAAAGGGAAUUCCUACUGAUGAAGAGAAACUCAUUCGUCUAUUUCUUCAAGCUCUUCCAGGUUUCGACGAUGGCAUUCAUCUCCUUCACGCUCUUCUUGCGCACAGAGAUGAACAAAGAUAGUUUUGAAGGUGGAGGGAUAUAUGCAGGUGCUCUGUUUUUCGGGGUCCUGGUCACCAUGUUCAACGGUUUGUCGGAGCUAGCCAUGACCAUUUACAAGCUUCCUGUGUUCUACAAACAGAGGGAUAUGUUCUUCUUCCCUCCAUGGGCCUACGCCAUUCCCGCAUGGGUCCUGAAGAUCCCGAUCUCUUUUCUUGAAGUUGGGAUAUGGACAUUUACAAGUUACUACAUAAUCGGAUAUGAUCCCAACAUAUCGAGGCUAUUCAAACAGUACUUGCUGCUUGUGUUGCUGAAUCAAGCUGCAUCAGCAUUGUUCAGAGCCAUUGGGGCAGCUGGGAGGAACAUGAUUGUCGCAAACACCUUCGGGCUGUUUGCGCUGCUCCUGUUCUUCGCAUUGGGCGGCUUCGUCCUCGCGCGAGUUGAUGUCAAGAAUUGGUGGAUAUGGGGCUACUGGUCCUCACCUUUGAUGUACGCAACGAAUGGAAUUCUUUCGAACGAAUUCAACGGGCACAGUUGGAACAGAUUUUUGAAUGGGACAAGAUUGGGAACUCAGGUGAUGGUGAGCAGAGGGUUCUUUCCUUAUUCGUACUGGUACUGGAUUGGAGUAGCUGCUCUGUUCGGCUUCGUAUGGUUCUACAAUGUCUUCUUCCUUGCAGCCCUAACGUUGCUUGGCCCAUUUGAAAAGCCUCAAGCUGUACUACCCGAGUCGGAAGACGAGAAAAAGGGUUCAGUUUCAGGCAAUGAAAACAGGCGGAGAAGCAACUCCUCAGAAUCUCCAUCCAUGAGGGCAGACGCCAUUGAAGCCACUGAAGAGAACAGGAAACGAGGAAUGAUUCUGCCAUUCGAACCACACUCUCUUACAUUUGAUGACAUCAGAUACUCAGUAGAUAUGCCAGCGGAAAUGAAAGCCCAAGGUGCUACCGAUGAUCGAUUGGAGCUGUUGAAGGGAGUGAGUGGAGCUUUCAGGCCGGGCGUGCUCACAGCCUUGAUGGGUGUUAGUGGCGCCGGUAAGACAACUUUGAUGGACGUGCUGGCCGGAAGAAAGACCGGCGGAUACAUUGACGGAGCCAUAACCAUUUCUGGCUACCCAAAGAAUCAGGAAACCUUUGCUCGAAUUUCAGGCUACUGUGAGCAGAACGACAUCCAUUCGCCAAACGUCACGGUUCACGAGUCCCUCAUCUACUCGGCAUGGCUAAGGUUGCCUCAAGAAGUCGACGAACAGACCAGAAAGAUGUUCAUUGAGGAGGUAAUGGAGCUUGUGGAGCUUAAACCAUUGAGAGGAGCAUUGGUUGGGUUGCCAGGAGUGAGCGGUCUAUCAACAGAGCAACGUAAACGUCUGACGAUCGCAGUCGAACUUGUGGCGAACCCCUCCAUCAUCUUCAUGGACGAGCCUACUUCAGGGCUCGAUGCAAGAGCUGCAGCCAUUGUGAUGAGGACAGUCAGGAACACCGUCAACACAGGCAGAACUGUCGUCUGCACCAUCCAUCAGCCUAGCAUCGACGUCUUUGAAGCAUUCGAUGAGCUCUUCUUGAUGAAAAGAGGAGGACAAGAGAUAUACGUGGGGCCAUUGGGUCACAACUCGUGCCAUAUGAUCAAGUACUUCGAAGACAUCCAAGGCGUCUCAAAGAUCAAAGACGGAUACAAUCCGGCUACCUGGAUGUUGGAAGUCACCACUUCCGCACAAGAACUUCUCUUAGGAGUCGACUUUGCCGAUUACUACAAGAAGUCGGAGUUAUACGGAAGGAACAAAGGCCUAAUCAAGGAGCUAAGCAUACCUCGCCAGGGGACGAAAGACUUGUAUUUUGCGACGAAAUACUCCCAACCUUUCCUCACCCAAUGCCUCGCCUGCUUCUGGAAAGCCCACUGGUCCUACUGGCGAAACCCCCCUUACUCAGCUGUUCGAUUCUUGUUCACAAUCUUCAUGGCAUGUGUGUUCGGAUCCAUGUUUUGGGACCUCGGUUCUAAAAGGACUACUCGACAAGAUCUGUCCAACGCCAUGGGUUCUAUGUACAUUGCCAUCAUCUUUCUGGGAUUCCAAUACGGCUCCACCGUUCAACCUGUUGUGGCCAUCGAACGUACAGUCUUCUACCGUGAAAGAGCAGCUGGAAUGUACUCGGCUCUCCCCUAUGCAUUCUCACAGUUCAUGAUCGAAGUCCCGUAUAUCUUCGUGCAAUCCAUGCUAUACAGCAUCAUCACUUACUCCAUGAUGGGAUUUCAAUGGGAAGUCGGCAAAUUCUUCUGGUUCGCCUACUUCAUCUUCUUCUCAUUGCUCUUCUUCGUGCUCUACGGAAUGGUGACUGUCGCUGUGACUCCUAACCACAACGUCGCUGCCAUCAUCUCUUCCUUCUUUUACGGCAUCUGGAAUCUGUUCUCCGGGUUCAUCGUCCCGCGACCGUUGAUGCCGGUGUGGUGGAGAUGGUACUACUGGGCCAACCCGGUGGCUUACACGCUGUACGGUUUCAUCGUGUCGCAGUACGGUGACUUGGAGGAGCCGAUGACGGACGAGGCGUCGGCAGGGCAGACGGUAAAGCAGUACCUGAGAAGCUACUUCGGGUUCAAAGAAAGCAUGCUGGGAGUUACAGCCGGAGUGCUUUUGGGCUUUGUUAUCUUCUUCAUGUUCAUAUUUGCCUAUGCCAUCAGAACAUUCAACUUCCAGAGGAGAUAGAUGACGACGAUCAACAACAAACAAGAAAGAAGAAGGAUAUUACACAUCACAUAUAUAUUAUAUUAUUAUCAUUAUUUAUAUCCGUAUACCAAAUUGUGUAGUAGAGUUUGCGUAGGAGGAAGUUUUUUAUGUCAUUAUAGAAUAUGCUGCUGACGCUCUGCUUGUUUACACGCUCUAAAAUUUGGGAGUUUCCUUUUUCA